AUGUCAUCCGCCUACAGCCUGUCGGGGACGCCGGCGACUGACCGCCGAUACAUGACUUCGGCGGCGCCGUCGUCGAGUGCGCGAGGCGGGAGGCUGACGCGCGGCAUGAAGGGCGUUCUCCUCCUCGCGGCUUUGGCGGUGUUGAUCAUUGCCAUCGUGCCUGCCGCGGUCGUCACGACUCGCAAAGACGACAAGAACCUGGCUGCGCAGGACUCGUCUGCCGGGUAUACGACCGUCAUUAACGGCGUGACCACCUUCAUCCAGACCCGCACGGCGUCCGUCGUCACCCGCAGCUCCUUCUCGACCCUCCCGAACGGCCGCAUCUCGACUGUUUUGCAAGAAGUCACGCUGCCGGUUGUCACUGUGUCGGCGACUGCUGCUGGCGCGGUCCAGACUGGUUUCGAGACGGUCACUAUCGACGGACAGGCUGUGGUGGUCGCCACACAAACGCAGUACGUCGCUGGCGGACAGGUUGUCGUAACGCGAACUCUGCUGAACGACCCACAAGCUGUGGAGACGGUUUACUCGACAGCCUUCCAAGACCUGACUGUGACGAGGCCCGGCUCCGCUUCGCCUACCACAAAUUCCGUUCCGUCGUCGUCUGCGCCUUCGAGCAGCUCCUCGACGACGUCUUUCGUGCCCUCUACCUCGAGCGUACCCUCAACAUCGAGCCUGCCCGCAUCAAGCCAGUCGAGCAGCUCUUCGACCACAGUUCCUCCGCCCUUGACUAAUUCGUCUUCCUCGAGCUCGCCUAUCGUCACCAGCCCCGCGACGACGAGUCAGCAGCCGACCACAACGUCGCAGGCGAGCAGCUCGACUAGUCAAGUCACCAGCGUCAUCCCGACCUCGUCGACUCGCACAACCUCGGCGGACCCGACGACGACGAGCUCCGUCUCUACCUCCGCCGUCCCGACCAGCACCACGGCCGCUUGCAUUCCCGGUCUUCCCCCCUUCCUCGGCGGCUGCCCAAUCUCGUCCAGCUCCUCGCGCACAUCGUCAACAACCGCACCUCCUAGCACGUCUACCGAGCCACCGACUACAACGAGCGCAGCACCAUCUUCGACGUCUGCCCCUUGCAUCCCUGGCCUCCCCGUUUUCCUCGGCGGCUGCCCCGUUCCAACGACUUCUUCGCGCUCCUCCUCAUCGACUGAAGCCGUGAGCACAAUGUCUGAGCGCUCAAGUACGACAAGCGCGGCCCCGACCACGAGUAGCGCAGCUUGUGUCCCUGGCUUGCCCGUCUUGCUUGGCGGAUGUCCCGAGCCUACAACGUCGAGCCGCACGUCGAGCUCGCGCACGACAACGACAGCUGCGCCCACCUCUAGUCCAGCUUGCAUCCCUGGUCUUCCCGUCCUCCUCGGCGGCUGCCCCGUUCCGACAACUUCUUCGCGCUCCUCCUCGUCGACUGAAGCCGCGAGUACGACGUCUGAGCGCUCAAGUACGACAGGCGCGGCGCCGACCACGACUAGCGCAGCCUGCAUCCCAGGCUUGCCCGUCUUGCUUGGUGGGUGUCCCGAACCGACUACGACCUCCUCUCCAGCAGUCACGACACGUACAACCUCGUCGCGUACGACUCUUGCGCCGUCGGGUACCGCAACAUCGAGCAGUACGCCGACCGACUGCAUUCCGGGAUUGCCUCCGCUUUUGGGCGGUUGCCAGCCCAGCACGUCUCCGAGUUCGUCGAGCACGCGUACGACGACAACGGAGGCUGAGACGGCUCGUCCUACAACGAGCGAGAGGACGACAACCACAACGACGCAAGCCGAGUCGACUUGUGUCCCUGGCCUUCCUCCGCUUCUUGGCGGCUGCGCGCCCUCUACGACACGAGCGCCAACCCCGACCUCUACGAGCGACGCCGAACCUUCGUCGACCUCAAGCAGCGACAGCACGACGGUCAGUGUCUCGAUUUGCCAAGGCCUCGACUGCGAGUCGAGCACGCGAACUACGCCUGCUCCUUCGACGCGCACAAGCAGCUCCUCCUUAGCAUCGGCAACCACGACCGACCCUGACUCGUCCUCCAGCUCGACUCGUCCUGUCACAAGCACGACGACGGACGCAGAGUCGUCUAGCACGACACGUCCUGAGCCGUCCUCCGCGUCCUCGUCGUCUUCCAGCUCCUCCUCGGACGAACCCGCAACGACAUCCACCCGGCCGACGCCUUCCUCCGCAACUCAGGACACCUCCUCAGCCUCUCCCUCGGCGACCUCGUCCAGCCCCGGACCCGCACCAACCUCUUCCUCGUCAUCCAGCUCCGAGCCCGAUCCAACUUCUUCUCCUGCCUCAUCCUCGUCCUCUGCCUCCGCAUCGCCUCCUCCCUCGUCCUCGUCAUCGACAACAACCUCUGAGCAGUCCGUCCCAACAGACGACGAAGGCAUUCCGGUCCAGUCCGCCGCGCAGGUCGCUCAUCCCGGCUCAGGCGCUGGUACGGAGCGCGAACUGAUUCGCCGCCGCCUCCCGAAGUUCACGCCUGCGCCGACUCCUCACGCGCGGCUGGUCAAGAGGCAUCGUGAAGUUGUGGCGCGACACUAG